GACGGAGAGAGCGGGCAUCCAGACUGACAAAAACACGCGACCCGCGCGCAAUCCGACGCCAGACAUGCUGUAUGAAAUGAUCGGAGUGGUACGGCCUGGCCGCCUCUCCGAAGUCAAAGAAAUUGCUAAAACCGCCGGAAAAAUCGUUCUCGAUCAGCAAGGCGUUGUGCGCGGCGUCUCCAACUGGGGCACUUUUCUGCUCCCCAAGCCGGCCAAGAAGCUGCAAUCGACACAUCACUAUGGCCACCACUUCAUUAUGCGCUUCGAUGCCAGUGCCCGCGCUCAGCACGCCCUACGCAGGACCAUGAGUUUAGACCCGCGUCUUAUCAGAUACAGUGUAGUCAAGAUGGGCACCAAGUUCGAAGAGAUCAAGGAUGUACCGGGCACGGCCAAGUUUAGGUGAGGGGCAGCAAGUAGAAAGAGGCAGAAUGUAUCAUAUAGCAGAGGGAACAUGCAUUGCAAUAUGGCGUUUUGGGUGGUAUUUAUGAAGAAGAAUUGGGUUUGCUAUCAAAGGUGGGGUUAUCACAAUCGCCGUGGUGGUCAUAUACAACAAUUACUAUCCGAGACGAUCGAGCUGCACAGGCUACGGGCUCUUAUCGCAAACUCACAGCUUCCGUGCGGUUUCUUCUUUUUUUCUCGCUCUUCGACUCCCCGCGCUUUCCCAGCAAGUCAGCCGGCUCAGUAGCAAGCAGAUUACAAUCAUCUUCUUCAAGGUUUGAGAUGAACGAGACGAUUUACAAUACUGCUCAUGCGACUACUCCAGUGGUGGCGCUGGAAUCUCAUCUCCUUGUAGUUAGUAGCAUGUGCGCCACAAUGUACACAUACGAACAGCCAGGCCCUAUCCAGCCUUGCUGGCAACAAUCUUGCCUCUUCCUUCCGUCA